UGAGUGCACGCCGAUCACAUGACAGGCUGCAUACGCGCGGUGGCGGGGAGUGAGGAUGGCGGAUAGUGAUGUUGAACCAGCACCCGACUGGAGUAAUCGGCUGUCUAAUACUGCCGAGGACACCUUCGUCGACAUGGAAGGCAUGCUGACUACCUUGAGAGCGCUGGAAGUAACGCUCUGGCAACAAGACAUUUCGGAAAUAUCUUCCACCGAAUAUUGCGACAACUUCUGCCAGGCACUGAUGCACUAUGCUGGGAGCAGGAAUUCUGUGGAGCAUGGUCUUCCCCUUCUGGAGGUCUACUGCCUGUCCAUCAACUGCUUCGCUGCUGCAAGGCCACACCUCACCGCAGACUCUGAUAAUGUGGGCCUCGUGUUAAAGAGACUGGCAUUGAGCUGUUUUGAACUGUUGCUGUCUGUGCCUGAAAAUGAAAUCCAUUAUGAGGCCUGGGUUCAAUUUUACCGUUCUGUUCAGGUGGCCCAUGAUGCCUUGUUGGAGUAUGGGAGCACAGACCUGCAAGCCUUGCUCCAGAUCACAGGAGAGGGGGGAGUGUGGAGUAACCCUGUCCUAGGCGCCCUUCUCACCGGUCGCCCCACAAACAUAGAGGAAGUUGAGGCGUACAUCGCCUUGGAGGGGGAGGGCUUCAUGGAGCGUGUCAAACACCUGGAGAAAGUGGGGGAGGUGGCGAAGGCUGUUGUGCUGGCUAAGUCGUGUGCCGAAUGCCACCUUGUCUCCAACCAAACCACCUUCCGGCAGACCUAUGUCUCUCUCCUCUGCCACCUGCUGCCCGGUGAGGAGGCCAUCAUGGAGAUAUCCAGACUGGACUGUAAGGAUGUGCUGGAUAUUACAUGCAGUUUGGAGACUGAGGGGGAGGAAAACACGGCCUUCAUCCUGUGUACCACCUUCCUAACUCAACAGCUGCAGCAGCAACGCCUGUACUGCUCCUGGGAGCUCACACUGCUGUGGAGUAAGCUUCAGAGAAGGAUUGACCCAUCUUUGGAAUCACUGCUGGAGCGUUGCCUGCAGCUAGGCGCCAUUGCUAAGACCGUUUACCAUCUGCUCUUCCUUGUGCACGUCAUUCGGACAGAGGCAGAGGUGCUUGGUCUGGCUUCGUCUGUGGAGUUAUGUGUUAAAGCACUACAGCUCCCAGACCAAGAGGACACAGAGACGAGGAUUUCUGUGUGCAAGACUGUAGCCUGCCUCCUACCAGACGAUCUUGAGGUGUUGCGUGCUUGCCAGCUGACAGAGUUUCUUUUAGGCCUCUCUCAUGUGGCCUUCAGCUCCCUUGAAGAGCUCUCUCUGCAGACCGAUCAGAAGUAUGACCAGGAAAAUUCUAUCAUCCCCAACUCUCUGCGGUGUGAACUACUCCUGGCACUUAAAGCCCACUGGUCUUUCGACCCUGAAUUCUGGGACUGGAAAACACUCAAGCAUCAGUGCAUCAGGCUGCUGGGGCUUGACCCUGAGCCAGAGGAAGAUGAGGAUGAGGGGGGACAGGAGAUUAGUCUUGGGCAGGAUGUAAAGGAGGAGGUGGAGCGGGGGUUUGUUGAUAUGCCAAGAGAAUACAUAAAUCGGACAAUUGUUGGCAUUGAUGGUCAUAAUAAAGAUGAGGAAAAUGAGUGGGACAGUAAACCACCUUUGAAGCCAGAUGUUGAGCAGGGCUCACUUCAGAAGAAAUACAAGUUCCUCUGCAAGAUUUGUAAGAAAAGUGUUACUGAAACGCGAAUCCUUCUUCACUCUAAGAGGCAUGAAAACAACGGUGUUUUCACCUGCCCUGUCUGCCUGAAGAAGUUUAAGAGCAGAAAAGAUUUUGUCCCACAUACUAAACUACACCUUCGAAUGCCACCCAGAAGCACUCAGCAAAAGAGAAAGGACAAAAAGAGGAUUGAUUGGGAUAAGGAAAUGGAGGAGGACGACUUGGAGACUGUUGAGAUUGCUCUUGAUCCAUCCUUAAUGCUGUACUACCAGUCCACACAUGAUCCUGAUGUUUUGGAGCACAUUCUAGAACAAGCUUCAUCUGCCCCCAGGUACCCUGGACUUGAAGAUAACGUCACAUUUGAUUACAUUAACUUUCAUUUUGAAUUGCAGAAUCAUGACAUAUAUACAUGCCCUGCCACUCACUGUACAAAGACUUUUAAGCAUUCCAAGUACUUGGGUGUGCAUUUAAGAUCCGAAUACCACGUUGGGGACCAGAACGUGAAACAUUAUUUUGAAAUGAAAGACCGUAGGGAAAAGUGCACUUACUGCCGGCGCCACUUCAUGUCUGCCUAUCACCACCGAAGACAUCAGCGUUUGCACUACGGUGACCUGCCUUACAUUUGUAUGGUCACAGGUUGUGGUGCUCGUUUCAGCACCUCCAAUAAGCUUGUUGCACAUAAGCAUCGCCAUGGCUAUCAAGUUAGCUACCAGUGUGAGCUCAAAGGAUGUUGUCUUUCUUUCUCUGACUUGGGGCAGGUAUACCACCAUGAAGCACAGCACUUUCGUGAUGCUGCAUACAGCUGCACAAUCCUUGAAUGCAAAAAGUUCUACUUUUCUAAAAAGGAAUUCAGCAGGCAUUUAGCCACACACGGCAUUACCUUCUCUGAGGAAGACUUUGAGGCACAGAGGAAGGCCAAAAUAAAACAUCUUGAUUCCAUAACUGAGGACAUAGCCAGACCCAAAAAGUAUUGUAAAAGAAAGACUGUACUGGAGGAGGUAGUCAUUGGGGGAAACAAUGCUACUUCCUAUACAUGCAGUGCGUCCUCGUCACAUGUGUCGAGCUGCAAGGAGCCCAAAGGCACAAUGACCUCGGUUGCUGUGUGCUUUGAUGGAAAAAAGUUCACUUGUGGUUUUGAGAGGUGUGGAUUGACCUUCUCCAAAGCCAGAGAUGUUCACAAGCACCUGAGGUGUAUUCAUCCAGAGCACUUCAAGGCAGAGAAUAAGGAACUCAAUCUUGACAAAGAAGUGGGCUUGAAAUCUAAAGGUCUAAAGGUCAAAACAGAGCAGGACAAUGAUGGCCAGAACAAACAUGAACAUGCAGCUUGUCUGCUAAUGAAGGGAUCAAGCCAGGGAAAUGCUUGCCCUUCCCUUACCAAGAACACCACAACAUCUCCAUCAUGCCUUGCCAAUGAUAAUGACCAUUUGAGAGAGAUUUUGAUUGGGCUCAGCCAGCUUAGUCUGACUCCCUCCAACUCUACAAAUGGAUACACUGAGCCCUCCCACCCAAUGUCAGUGUCCACCACAUCAAAUAUAUCCUGCCUGACUCAUAGACUUAGCGAGGCAGUUGUGGAGAAAAUGAGCUGGUCUAAAAAGUCCACUGUCUCGUUUAUACAAAAUUCUCAGACCCUCACCUGGCAACACCCCUCCUGGCAGCAGAAGUACCUAAAAAAUAAAAUAAUGUGGAGGCGACAAAACGUUGUACAAUUUGCUAAGUCUGGAGACAAGAGUACGAAAUGGAGUCACGCGCCAUCUUCUGUGCAGGAUCACUUUGAGGAGGAAAGUGAGGAUGGAGAUAUGCAAAGGGAAAGUGGCAGCAUUUAUAUGUGCAAGCACAAGGACUGUGGGAUGCUUUUCUGUCACACCUACAGUCUUUAUCGCCACAAGAAGAAGCAUCAUUCACAGGUGAUGAGAAGUCCUUCCAUGCUUUCAGAAGACCCAGUUUUACAGAAGUUUAGGUGCAGCUACGCCAACUGUAAUGCCUCUUACCUCCUGAACAGUAGCCUGGUGCGUCACUUGGAGAGUGAGCAUCCUUACCAGGUGAACCGUAGCCUAAAGAGUUAUCCUUACCAGGCGACCAUGUACUGCAAGUAUGAGGGCUGUACACAAGUGUUCACCCAAAGCAGUAGUCUGAAAAAACAUGUACUCUCUAGCCACCUCAAUUACUAUGAUUCACUUGUAUUGCAUCUCCAGAAUAAUCACAAUGACACGUCAGUCACUGGUUGCCAAAAAAAGUUUAUCUUCACAUCCUCUACGCCACAAAAAGAUGCAACCAAACUACCUCUCGGGCAAUCUCUGAGACACUGCCCAAAGUCUCCCGAAGAUGUUAAGGCUGAAGAAACUAGUGAAGAGCAUGAUGAAGAUGAUGGUGAAAUUUUGAAUGUUGACCAAAGUAUUGUCGAGUCCAAAUCAAAACACAAAUUUGAAGAUAUGGUCUUCCGUUCCCAUGAGGAGGCCUUGCAGAUGUGCCGAGAUCGCUGUCAACGUGAAGCGUACCCAUGCAUGGUGCAGGGUUGUGAUUCUGUAGUCAAAUUUAUACGUAGUAUGCGACGUCACUAUUUGAAUUGCCACAAAUUAACCAAUCGGGCUUUCAAUUUGAAUGAGGAUAAGCUUGUGUUUAGAGCAGAGCAACUGGAGGAGCUGAUACAAAGGAAUACUGUAUUGUCUGUGUGGCCUGAUAUGAAGAGGGCACCUAACGGAGUUCGGAAGAUGGAGUAUCAAGCAGAGCCAGAGAACCCUGGUGGUCCAUCUAUGCCUAUGAGUCUGUACUCCAUCAAAGCAGAAACACUUGAUGACUAUGACCCACUGGGGUUCAAAGAGGAGCCAACUGCUGAGAGGAAUGUUUUGGUCGGUGCAGAUGACUUGCUUUAUGGAGAACCUUGUGGGCACACAGAGGACCCUGCUACUCAGAACAGCCACAGCCAAGAGGCAAGGCGAAGAUCCUCAAACCCACCGGCUCUUGAUCUCUCUCCCCCAUCCUCUCUGAGAUUCUGUGUUGAUGAAAGCUUCUUGGACAGUUCAGGCAAAGAUGGUGGCAAACCAACAAACAUUUCUGUGCCCUUGCCCUCCCCUCAAGCCCGCCAGCCACUUAAAUGUAAGAACGAGCUCCCUGAGCACCCUCCCAUUUCAAAGGACCCUCAGCCUCAAAGCCCCACCCCUCGCACAUUUGACCUAGCUACUUACAAACCUAUGGGAUUCGAGUCAUCUUUCCUGAAGUUCAUACAGGAGAACUCCAAGGAUAAGGAUGCUGGGAGGCCCCGGGCUUCACACUGCAACAACCCCAGGCCUGAUCCACCUGUGGUGUCAGCUCGGUGGCGGGAUUCCUACAGACGUAGCUGUUUUGUAAAGGAGAACAGCCAGGUGGGACUCACUACUACCUGUAGCAGGCUGGCUCAUUCUUCCCCACUUAAGCCUCUUCCCAGGACAGGGGAAUAUACAUCAGUCCAGAACUUACACGUCAUCUUAGAAAAGGCUCUUACAGGUUGUGGUGACCUAGCCAUUAAACAGCUGCAGCACCAAAGGCCUGUAGUGGUUCUUGAGAGACCAAGGUUUUUCACUUCCUUGCUUGACCUCUUCCCCACAAACGAAUGAUAAGCUACUUCUCAAAGGUUUGUAGAACUGAGCACUUUUGUGUCCAAUAUGAAGAAGUUUUUUUCUAAUGUUAUUACUACUCUGAUAUUAUCCGUAUCUUUUAAGUUACCAAACUGAGCAGCUCAAGUUCCUUAAUUUACCUACAUGUUUCAACCUGUGCAAAAUGGCCCCCUGAUUAAAACAUUUAAAAACUCUUCAGUCUUUGUAUUACAUUUCAAUGUAGAUACACAGUGGCAAGAAAAGUAUGUGAACCCUUUGGAAUUACCUGAAUUUAAACUCGCUUAAACUAAUAACACACAUUAUUAUAUUUUUCUUGUCUAUAUUGAAUACUUCAUUUAAACAUUCACAGCGUAGGUU